CAGAGGACUUUCCUCCGGUCCUCUGGUUCUCCUCCCCCAUCACUCACCGUUACCAUGGCUCGCUCAAGUAUUACCUUUCUCGUCGUCAUCUUCAGCAUAAUCGGGCCCAUCCUCGACGACGCGUUCGCCGCUUCGGCUUCCGAGGACCUCCAGGCCUCCGAUCUUCACCGGCAGCCGAUGAUCCUCCCGCUCUAUCUCUCCUCCCCUAAAUCGUCGUUCCACCGGCGAGAUUUCGAGGGCCGCCGUCUUCAGAAAUCGGACCCCCCUCGUACUCGUACUUCCAACGCUCGCAUGAGGCUCUACGACGACCUCCUCUCCAACGGCUACUAUACGACGCGGCUAUGGAUUGGGACGCCGCCUCAGCAAUUCGCUCUAAUUGUUGAUACAGGAAGCACUGUGACUUACGUGCCCUGUGCUGAUUGUGAACAGUGUGGUAACCAUCAGGAUCCUAGGUUCCAACCGAAUUCAUCUAGCACCUAUGAACCUGUAAAGUGCAAUAUGAAUUGUAAUUGUGAUAGCAAAGGGGUUCAGUGCAUUUAUGAGCGGCGAUAUGCUGAGCUGAGCUCAAGUAGUGGUGUGCUUGGUGAGGACGUCGUUUCUUUUGGCAGUGAAAGUCCACUUUCACCACAGCGUGCAGUUUUUGGUUGUGAAACUAUGGAAACAGGCGAUUUAUAUAGCCAACGUGCUGAUGGCAUAAUGGGUUUGGGUCGCGGACGGCUUAGUGUGAUGGAUCAACUUGUUGACAAGGGUGUUAUUGGUGACUCAUUCUCAUUAUGUUAUGGUGGGAUGGGUGUUGGUGGGGGUGCUAUGAUUCUUGGUGGUAUCUCUUCUCCACCUGGUAUGGUAUUUGCCCAUUCAGACCCUUAUCGCAGUCCAUACUACAAUAUCGAUCUGAAGGAGAUACAUGUGGCUGGCAAGCCAUUGAAGUUAAGCCCGAAGGUCUUUGAUAGAAAGCAUGGAACUGUCUUGGAUAGUGGAACGACAUAUGCUUAUCUCCCAGAGGAAGCAUUUCAUGCAUUUAAGGAUGCUAUUAUGAGGGAAUUACAUUCCUUAAAACAAAUCCACGGUCCUGACCCAAAUUAUAAGGAUAUUUGUUUUUCGGGUGCUGGAAGGGAUGUCACCCAAAUAUCAACAUUUUUUCCGAAAGUUGAUAUGGUGUUUGGCAACGGGCAAAAGUUGUUACUUUCUCCAGAAAACUACUUGUUUCGGCAUACAAAGGUUAGUGGUGCAUAUUGCUUGGGAAUAUUUAAAAAUGCUGAUGCAACUACUCUUUUGGGAGGAAUUGUUGUCCGCAAUACCCUUGUGACUUAUGAUCGAGAAAAUGAUAAGAUUGGUUUUUGGAAAACUAAUUGUUCUGAACUUUGGAUGAGAUUGAACUAUCUUAGUCCUCCUCCAGGUCCUCCCUUAGUUUUUGAUAGCUUGAAUAGAAGCACAGAAAUUCCCCCUAGCGAGGCUCCUGAGGGAUCACCUCAGACCGUUUCUCCAGGUGAAUUUCAGAUAGGACUAAUAACGUUUGAUAUGAUGCUUGGCAUCAAUAAAUCUGUGAAACUUAAUUUCACAGAACUUACGGAGUUCAUUGCCCACGAAUUGGAAGUUAAAGUUUCGCAGGUUCACUUGAUGAACUCAAAAGUUAAAGGAAACUAUUCCAUUAUUAGAUGGACCAUCUUCCCUGCUGAGUCUGCCGACUACUUUUCGAAUACAACAGCAAUGAACAUUAUUUUGCGCUUAAAGGAACAUCAUUUGCAGCUUCCUGAGAAAUUCGGUAGUUACCAACUCGUUGAAUUAAAAGUCGAGCCUCAAAGGAAACAGUCAUGGUGGAAGCAACAUGUAUGGAUGGUGGUUGUUGGAGUCGCAGCUACCUUAUUUUUUGUACUAUUGGCAUUGGGAACGUGGUUAUUUUGGAGACACAGAAGGCAAGUGGUGGGUUCUUACGAGCCUGUUGGAGCCGCUGUUCAAGAAUCUGUCGGUGCCGUUGUACCUGAGCAAGAGCUUCAGCCACUUCAUAACAAAAUCUUUAUCCAGGAAUGAUCGAUUUUGUAUAGUGUAAUUUAAUAUAGUGAGGAAAUCCUUCUAUAGACAGCUUAAGAAGUUUAUUUCCAAUACUGGUGACUCGAUUCUGAUCAUACGAGAUGAAAUCUGCAAUCCCUCCUGUUGUAUAACGAAAUUAAAGAAAUAUAUAAUAUAUAAAGGAAUUAAAUUCA